ACGAUAUUGGAGACGGGAGAGUUGAAUCGGGAUCAUAUUUAUCAUGAUGUGAACGCCAACAUGAAGGUAAUUCAGAAUCAAUUGUUCUCAGUCAAAAUGCGCCGCAACUUCUUUUCCACACUGCGACCUCUUCACCAUGACAAUCCGCUGGGCUUGCCCCGGUCUGGAACUCCUCCAUCAUUCCCUCGUCGACGAGGCCUCCCAGAAAAAAGGAAAAUCCGGGAUGUCAAUAAGGUCGUUGCAGUCUCGUCCGCCAAGGGCGGAGUCGGGAAGUCUACAAUUGCUGUGAAUCUUGCACUGGCUAUGGCCCGUCAAGGCAUCCGUGCCGGAAUUCUCGACACAGACAUUUUUGGUCCUUCCAUACCAACCCUUCUAAAUCUCUCAGGAGAACCACGUCUGGACGAACAUAAUUGUCUCGUCCCCCUUACGAAUUACGGGCUCAAAUCCAUGUCCAUGGGAUAUCUCCUUCCCCCUCCACCCGCCGACGCUAAACACCUCACCGACGAUCCAACCUCGCCCUUAAUGGAUACAACUCCCAUAUCGUGGCGCGGCCUUAUGGUCACGAAAGCAAUGCACCAGCUUUUGCACUCCGUAUCCUGGGGUCCUCUUGACAUCCUUAUACUCGACCUUCCUCCAGGGACAGGCGAUGUACAGCUUACCAUUGGCCAGGAAAUAAUUCUAGACGGAGCCGUAAUCGUAUCAACGCCUCAGGAUAUUGCUCUACGUGACGCAGUGCGGGGAUUUGGUUUGUUUGAAAAGUUGCACGUCCCCGUCCUGGGCAUGGUUAGGAACAUGGCCUAUUUCGCUUGCCCGCAUUGCGGCAAGGAGACGAAGAUAUUCUCCCGGAAGGGACCAUCGCAGCCAUCAGGGGAUAAUUUGGAGGCGGGACAUGCGCAUGGUUCUGACUCGCACAACAACGGGGGCGUGGUGGCGGCUUGUGAGCGGCUUGGUAUAGAUUUCCUGGGCGACAUUCCACUUGAUGCGCGUGUGUGUGAAGAUGCGGAUAGGGGCAUGCCUACUGUUGUGGCGGAAGAGAGCGACGAGCGAAGUACGAGGAGAAAUGCGUUUAUGAGUGUUGCCGAGCAAAUUGUGCGCAAGGUUGGGCUGGAAUGGCGAUGAGAAAAUCCGGCCCCUUGUAGGUUGGAUAUCCGUGUAUUUUUAUAAGUAUGCUUUUUCAUCAUAUGUUGGCAUGAUGACUCAAACGCAGUGUUAACGAGACCUGCUGCAGAGGCCCUUUUGGCUAGCUAAUAUCCCUUUCUUAAAUAGAACCGAAUAUGAUACCGUCCGCUCACAGUCUGUUUCAACUGCGAAAAUAGCGGUCAAUAAAAUAGCUCGCGAAUGGCAAUAGAGAGAAUAUGAAAUCCCAGCAACAUUUGGAAGCAUGCAAGAAACGAAUGGCAGAAAAGAAAGAAAAAGGAAAGGUAAGAGAGACGAAAUAUAGAAAAUAAAUACGCCAGUUAACUCAUCUGGCCGGGGUUCCCCUACCCGUCCAUUAACACUAUGCUUUAAGGCCUUCCUUGAGUUCCCGAGAUAAGCGUGAUGAAAUCUUCAUCUCGGAAAUGUAACCGUCUCAAAUGUUGACAGAAAACUAUCUAGCCAAUUCGAAGUCAUACCUGGACUUCCCUUUUUUGCGUCCAAAUAGCUGAACGCCAUGUGUAUCCUCGCUGACAUCGCCGCCUAUCGCGGCCUCCCGCUCAACGGGCAACUGGCCAUGAGAGGCACAUGCGAUUUCACUCCGCUCACCGUCAAACUGACCACCAAUGCUCUCCAUGACAUUCUGCUCUGGGACAGGUGGGUCAGGGAUUACAGAUGUAUCCGGGGUCUCACGUGGAGUUUUAAAUCCCAUGUCUGGCCUCGAUCUGCUGAAGAGCGGAGAAAUAACGCCCUCCGCAUCUUUUUUUAUUGACCUUGCACUUGCGUCAUCCGUGUAUACGGACGAGGGCCGUCUGGCAUAUCGGUCGUGAUUCAGAAACCGAGGACCAGCGGAAAAUCCCGGCUGGAAUUCUUCUGGCGGCUGUAGGCCGGAAGUUGUCGCGUCGAGACCUACCUGUGCGCUAGUUCUUUUCGCAGAACGUGGGGGAGGCUCAAUCAUUGGAAAUGAUUCGGACGCCUGACCAAGAUCCAAUACGGUUUGCGAUUGACGUGAGUGGCUCUGUAUUCGUUUGACUCGUGGCAAAAAUUUUUCCCGCAGCGAAACCUUUCUAGAGAGUGAUUUGGGCACACUUGAUUUCGGAUUAACACGAAUAUCCUUUCCUCCUGAUGUUUUCGGCUUUUCUAUAGCCUCCGUAUCAUGUUUUCCUGCCAUGCGACUCCAUAGCCACAUAGCGCGGUUCGUUUUAUGUUCUCCCUCUUCAUAGGCAACAAAAGUGUCCUUUCUCGAUGCCAAUGAACUUGGCGGAGGAUAUUCACCAUGUCGAAAUACGCCAAUUCCCUGUUUAAUCUCUUGCAGCCUUUGUUGCUGCACAGCUGAUUUCUGCUUUGCAAACUUAAUAUCCCAUGCCUCCUUGGCUCUCAGCCACUUUGACACUGGGCCUGGUUUGGGGACACCAAUUUCCUCGGGCAGCAUUUGUAGGGCAGGAAGAUGGGAUCGCGCUGCUAAGGGAUAUAUGUUACCUUUGUCAUCAACCCGUUGGCGGAUCAUGUAGUCCUCGAAUGGGGGAAGAGGAUCGCCAGCCUUCCCAAUCGUAGUGAAGCCUGAGUAUGGGCUGGGUGGCGCGCUUUUCUGAGCCGAUGUGUGCAGGUUAUCAGAUUCACUUGAUGAAAUCUCCGAUUCAUGGCUAGGAAUAUCAAUGCCUCUCUUCUGGGCUCGAGCCAACGCCCAAGCUCCGAAUUGGGCUAUCGAUCGAAACAUAUACUUUGCAGGGCGAGUGAAGCUGAGAGUAGGGGUAACAUGACAAAGACCAUCCCAAACUUGGAGUUGGACGAACGUUGGCGGAUAUCUAUUUAUAGCCCGGCGGUCGGGAUCGUGACGGUCUAGGUAUUCCUCGCUUGGUAGGAAGUAAGUUGGGUCAGCAGCUUUAUGGGCUAGAUAAAUUUGCUCAUCACGAAGGAGCUCUGCGCUCCCGGUAAGGACCAGCAUUGGGGGCAACCCGCCCAAUGAUGGCUGGAGGACAGGGGAAACAAGCGGGUGUGAGAGCAAUUCAUUUGUGGUGUACAUAUGGAUCUGAUCCUUCAAUUCAACGAGUUCUCCAUCGAUUUCGACCACCAGGGGGCGAUUUCGAUUAUGGAAUAUAUCAUGAGGUUGAGAUAUUGAGGAGACGUAAGACCGGCCUCCCACGGAGGUGGACUUGCUGUUUACCGACGGUGUCCGACGAUAGGAACCUCGUCCAGCAGCCUUAGCAUCCUUGGCACUGCUCGAGGUAGGGCUUGAAGUGCGUAAGCUCCCAUCAACUCGGGCAGCUUCCCCCGCCUUGGUAAUGGCAUCCAAUUCGUCAGAGUUUGGAGGAGGCCAUGAUAUAGAAGGACGGUGCAUGAAACCGUAGGGAGGAAUAUAAUCCCCAGCUCCGUCACCGGCCACAGAUGGGAAUGAGUGCGUUAGGUCAACCCAUGGAGAUAUUAGGAUGGAACCCGCAGUUACGGAACCCUUGUUUGGAGGUGUAAAUAUAUCGAUUGGUCACUGACGACAAUGCCAUCCCAGCCCCCGCAGAGUCACCGGCUAUUAUGAUUUCCGACGGUUUAUACAUGCUUAAAAGAUAUAGGUAAGCCGCAAGGCAAUCUUGCAACGCGCACGGGAAGGGAAAUUGUGGGGCCAACCGAUAGGCAGCUGUGAAUUGUUAGAUGCUACGAGCUUAUAUAUGCCGUCAUCCGCAAAAUGACUAUCAGAAGCUUUCAAACUUACUAUCCGCAGGUUAGCUUGUGUGAUACCGUAUAAAAUGACAGGCUCCCAAAAUAGUAUGCUCCCCCAUGUAUAUAUAGCAUCACUCGAUUGCAACGGACACCUUGCCGUUGCCGGUCGGCAAAAUCGCGCUGCAUUUCUACCCACUCCCCUUCAAGCGAGGGCUUUUUCCCCCUCCAUUUCCACCAUUUGUUGCCUCCAACCUGUGACAGCCCCUCAGAGCCCAGUUGGAUAAUAAUGAGGUCUGCUGCUGAUGCCAGAUGGUCGUCGGGAAUUCUAACCCUAUCUACCUUUAUCCACCUAGGGCUAGGGACCCACUGGGACGUGAAAGUCUGCAAUUGUUCAACGGUAUGGAGAGAGGAGUGGUAUAAGAAUUCGCGAAUGAUACGAAGACCUUGAUGGUAGGAAAUACGUGCCGUAGGCUUCGAUCGAUUGGCUUUGCGAUUUGUAUACUAGAUCUGGUUUUAGUCUUCCAAUGUUUGAAGUAGAGGUACCUUGUGAAGAAAUUUGUGGAUCGGAUUUACAUGGGAUAGAAAUGUUGAGAUUAUAGUGGGUGUCACUGCGACGCUGACGGAUAGGGCGUUAUAAGGCAUUGUGUGUAAGCCCGCCAGAUAUUCGAUAGUAUCAAUUGAGAAUAGAAUGGAUGGUCUGAUGGUGAUUUGAAACCCGAGCGGAUCCGCAUCCCUUUUAAAGGGUUAGUUGAUCGCUGGAGCAGAUUAGCCGUAGAAAUUUAGAAAGAGAGUUAACACUAAUCUUAUAAAGCUGAAUGACAGGAAACGAAAAAGUAAAUGCUUGUGGUUGGUUGUGGGUAUGGUAUGGAGAGAAAGCGAUUCAUCUG